UCCAUACAAUUACCGUUGAAGGCACCAGUGGAAGACUGACACGAAUUUUGCUGUUCUUUGCAUAUUGUAAACCUGACGGCAAACGUUUGUUGUGAGGGUGGAUGUAGUCAGCUGUGAGGGGCCGGCGUGCGCAUGUGUGCCUCACCGCUGUCAACCCAGACUGGUGCCGCUACCCCCACACCUUGUACAUUCUUCACCCUCACAACACCUGCCCUCACACUACCAGUGAGGGAGCCCCGAUGUAAUGGUUAUGCUUUACGAGUGCGUGGAGGGGUGAUGGAGUGAGUGUGUGUGUAGAGGGAGUGUAGAGGCUGUGGUGGAGAUGUAAAGGGUGGCGGGAUGUGGCAGUGGUGGCAGCCGUGUGGCCGCUGGCGCUGGUGGAGGCUCAGUCAACGGUGUGAGGGGAUCCUAGCGCCCCAGAGAGAGAAAAUAGCCUUAGACGUUGUUACCGUGUCGCCACGUCGCGUUGGUUGGCACUGAGGGCCACGUAGGGCUAGCGGUGCCAAGAGCGUCCAUACUAGCCAGAGUGCCAGUGGGGCGGGAGAGGUGCGGGUGACCUAGUGUUGCUUGUGUUGCAUGAUGAGUGACCCGUGGCCGGGAUCUGACCACCUGCUGGCUGUCUCCGCAACACAAGACCGGUGUGUUGACCCGAGAAGAAAAGCCUGAACACAACACAGAAACAGGACAGGAAGUUGCAGGUGGGUGGAGGAGUGUGGUGGUGGAGGAGUUAGUAUGAUAAAUAAUGGAGUGUAGUGUGAGGGCAGGACGCCAGCAACAUUGUCCACAACCGACAAAGUCGCCACAGCAACACACAAACACCACCGCUCGUCACUGCAAUGUCUGGGUGCGCCACGAGUGACCACUAGAAGGGAAAUGUGGCUAAAGGGCUCCGGGAGAACACUAUAUGAUAAUAUUCCUCAACAAGAGACUAAAUAUAAAUAUAGGAACUAGAGAAACAGAGAGAAAAGGGGAGAUAAAGAGAGAGAGAACCCAUCUCUGCUCAACCCACCCACCAGCUUGACGGGGUGGGGUCACAGUGCCCACCAGCUUGACGGGGUGGGGUCACAGUGCCCACCAGCUUGACGGGGUGGGGUCACAGUGCCCACCAGCUUGACGGGGUGGGGUCACAGUGCCCACCAGCGGGAGGGACCUGCACACCAGCAUGGGAGUGAACAUGGGCAAGGGUGGAGGGGGCGGCGGGGCCCAUGGUGGGGGUGGCGGUGGGGGCAUCUUGGACGCUCUCCACCUCACCCAAGGAACACUUCACAUCGUCAUGCUCGGCCUCGACUCAGCGGGCAAGUCGACCGCUCUCUACCGCCUCAAGUUCGACCAGUACCUCAAUACCGUCCCCACCAUCGGCUUCAACUGUGAGAAAGUCAAGGGCCUCUCCGGCAGGGCCAAGGGCACCAGCUUCCUCAUCUGGGACGUGGGCGGCCAGGAGAAGAUCCGCCCACUGUGGAGGUCCUACACGCGCUGCACCGACGGCAUCGUCUUCGUGGUGGACUCCGUCGACCUGGAGAGGCUGGAGGAGGCCAGAUGUGAGCUCUACAAAACUGCCAAAUUGCCGGAGAAUGCGCAGGUGCCAAUACUGGUGCUGGCCAACAAGCAGGACCUGCCCGGGGCGAAGGACCCCAUAGAGAUAGAGAGACUCCUGGGCAUCUCCGAGCUGGGCAACACUCAUCUGUGGCAUAUACAGCCGGCGUGUGCCAUCACGGGCGAGGGUCUGGACGACGCCCUCGAGCACCUGUACGAGAUGAUCCACAAGCAGCGGCGCCUCUCCAAGACCAGCAAGAAGAAGCCCAGAUGAUCUUCCACCUCCGACUAGUUGGCCGCCCCCUCAGCCAGCUGUCGGUCACCCUCGCCGCCCUCGUCGUCUUGUUGUCACUGCUGCUGCGGCUGGUGGUGGUGCUGGGGAAGGCACAGAAGUCAGGCAACCUAUGUGUAGCCUCUUUUCCUGCCAGCCUGCCAGUCUGCCAGCCUGCCUGCCUGCCAGCCUGCCUGCCAGCCUACCAGUCUGCAUAAUUAGCAACCGACCGACCUCCAACUACCCUCUCUUCCUACCUGUUAAUAACCGUCUUUGCUGUUGUGGUGCCACUGUCUGUGGCAGGUCUACCUGCUGGCAUUCUUGACAGAAGAUCUCCAAGGCCGUGUUUGCCACCAUAACCUGGCAGACACUUUCAACGGCAGUCACUGCGCGUGGCAAAGUGUGUAUGGUUCUGGUACAUUGCCUUGAGGCCUUCUACCGGCACUUUGUGGUAUAUGGCACUUUAUAGUCUUUAAGGCUGUGCAACUUGCCUGGGCAGCGACGUGGCACUCUGAAGGCGUCGUAUUCGUCCUAAUCCGGAAUCAGCAAAUUGAGGCGAUGGGAUGGAGGGACUAUAGAGAGGGAAGGAAGGGAAGGAUAGGACGUUACUGCUCUCAUCGCCUUGCGUGUUCCGCCAAACUGUGCGGCCUCGGGUGUCCAUUCGUAGUCUCGAGUGACCUUUCGUAACCUCUGGUAACUUUGUCUGACCUGGGUUGAUCUUCUCUAUGCCGCGGUGUCGCGGGUCACUCAUAUUACCUUUCAUCCGGGCGGCCACGAAGAGCAACCAACCCACUGAUGUCUUGUGUGCUCUUGUUUGUGUCAACAUCACACUCUUGUUGGCUACACUCUCCACUCUGGAAUAUGUAUGUCAGUGACUACAUAUUAAUAUAUAUAUAUAUAUAUAUAUAUAUAUAUAUAUAU